CGUCACGUGGCUUACGCGUCAAACUCAAAUUCCGUUACGUCACGAAAGUGAGGUUAUGUCUUGUACCGCGAAACAGGGAUUGUGAUUAGGAAUGAGCCGAGAUCAACGCAGGCCUCCAACUCUUCGACUUAGAUAAUGGCAGGAGCGGAAGGGCGGCUGGAAUUUGUGGCUGAACAAUGUCCAAUAUCGCCGCGAAGAAUCGGUCCCCAGAAUAUAGUGGUUCGUCUGCGUCGACGGGAGAUACUGGGCUGCAGAUACCCGGGUAGCCACCCUAUCGUAACGAGGCAAUUCUACCAAAACGUAUUCCCAAACUUCACCGUAGUAAACGUCGAGAAACCUCCCUGUUUUCUGAGAAAAUUCAGCCCUGACGGCAGGUACCUCGUCGCUUUCAGCUCUGACCAAACGUCAGUCGAGGUUUACGAGUACCGCGGAGCAUCCGCCGCAGCCGCUCUCCUCGUCGAUUGCAACGGCGAAUACGUUGGGCAUAAAAAUGACGAAAGAACUUUUCGCAUCAGGAGUAGCAUCUUCAACCAAUUUUUCAAGGCCAAAUGGAUCGUCAAUGUUGCUCAAAGCAAUGAACAGCUUAAUCGAGAAUGCAGUCUGUUCACGGAGGAUGGGCGUUAUGUGAUCGUGGGAUCUGCUGCUUACAUACCAGACGAACUACGUCCACACUUCUAUCAGAUCUAUUCCAAUAACGAAGCGUUAACACCAAAUCCUAGAUCUCCACUCGAAGACUACAGUCUUCAUUUGGUUGACAUUCGCACAGGACGACUAUGUGAUUCUAGGCAAUUUAAAGUAGAUAAAAUUUACCUGUCGCACAACCAAGGUUUAUAUUUAUUCAAGGACAUCUUGGCUGUACUUUCUGUUCAGCAUCAAACUAUACACAUAUUUCAAGUACUGGAUGGAAUGUUUAUUAACAUCAGGAGAAUUGGCAGAUUUUGCUUCGAGGAUGAUGGAUAUCUAGUCACUGCUUCUUGGCCUACUGUAAAUUAUAGACCUUUCAGAGAUGUCACAAUAAACAGCCUGAAGCAUAAACUGCUUGUGCACUUAUUCCAACGGGCUAAAUAUAUCAGUGACUUGACAAAGGAUCCGUAUGAACUACGCCGAUUUUAUCAGUAUUUCGAUCAGUUGAAGGCUCUGCGCAUGUGGAAAAUGCAAUUGCUAGACACAAAUCAUAUACUGGUAAGGUAUGCUAGUGAGGAAGUUGCAACACUACAGGCAAGUGAGCCAAAUGCUCAACCAGCCCUUUUGGUUAUCUACGACAUGGUUACUGCCAAAGUUUUAGGCGCUUACGAUAAUACAUCUACUCAGCUGUUGACACAGUUCGAAAAUUUUAGCGAUUUUUUUCGAAAUCCAAGGGUGAGCACUGACCGACAAUACAUAUGCUCACCGUCAAACAAUAUUUACUCGAGACUGAUACAGCACAGGUUUAAGCAGACUAUAGUCAGCGCGCGGUAUGGUGGUCUAACAGAAGCAACAAAAAGAUUGCUUGCUCAAUUGCCAAUUAGUGCUCAAUCUUACUCCACCUCUCCUUACCUUGAUUUUACGUUGUUCUGUUAUGAUGAAAAAUGGGUCUCGCUGAUGGAGCGGCCAAAGGCAUGUGGCGAGCAUCCCAUACGCUUUUACGCCAGAGAUUCUGGGUUACUUAGGUUCAAAAUUUACGCUGGGAUGCUGGGCCGAUUGACGCCAGUGGUUGCUAGAAGACUAGUUGCGUUCAUAUUUCACCCUAAUGAUCCCUUUGCAAUUUCCGUACAACGAACAAAUGCUGAAUAUAUUGUCAACUUUCACGUACGACAUAUUUAACAAAAGCUCUAUUAAUUCUAACUUGUACAUAAAAAUUAGUUAUCAAGUUUGAUAAUAUAAAAUCGAAAUAAAAAAUACGUGAACAAUACUCUGUUCAAUUCUGUGAUAUAAAUUGUCUUGUUCAAUAUUGUAAUUAUUUGUAAUAUUUAGGUGUAGAAUAUACAUAUGUAUGAUAUUUGUAUUAAUACGUCUUUUACUCGAAGCGGAAAUGUUAAGUAAAUAAUAUGAAUUUUGUACAAGCAGUAGUGAAAAUAAGUUUUGCAAAUUAAGUUAUAAACAACGUUUUACACAACGUGCCUGAUAUCGUUGUCAAUUAUUUGUAGUUAGUAAAUGCAUCAAAUAUUUUCUUUCCAAGUCCUCAGUUUUAAGUCCAAGAAAUAAAACACUUACAAUAAACAUGUAAAUAUAGUUGUAAACAGGUAUAAGUGUAAUUGACUACUUGGGUUAAAAAUAUCAUUGCAUCAACUACUCUUCAUCUUCUUCAUGUACAUGUACAUAGACUGAAACAAUUUGUGACAUACCUUACAGCUUUAUCGUCAUAAUUCUGAGGAAUAAAAAAUAUACUAAGCAAUAAAGUGUCUGCCAGU